CACGAUCUUAAUUGUUGAAUUAUUAUGUUUAUUCUUGUGCUACAAUGGAGUACCACUCAGCGUCAAUGCUGAGCGGAUAGCGUUGUUUUCCUUUUUGCUGUCCGUAGGUGAACAGACAGAUGAACCUAGAGCCGAUCCCAGAGGGCAUUGAGGAGGAGAUGUACGAUGGCGUGGAUGAAGCCGAAGAAUGUUUUGAGAGGGAGGAUGAGAUAAUGGAAAUGAGUAAUAAAAUUGUCCAUAAUGAUGUGGAGUACCGCAAAUCAACUUUAGACAAUGUUGAUGAGAACACCAAGUUCAGUGAUGAAGACUUCAGAGAACUGAUAUAUGAGCGUGAAGUUGUUGCUGUAGAGGUGGCCAUAAGAGCUGAAUUUGAAACAAAGUGUUUGGUUGUGUUUGACUCUGAUCCCUCCAACGAUAUACAAGGAGCAGUGAUCAAACACAAGACUAGCACCCAUGCUCAAAAUGAUUCCAGUGAUUUGCAAUUACGCGUCAACCUACAUAACAGGGAUUCUUGGGGAUCAUUAGAUAUUUCCGCAGAAUGGAGAGUUGAACGGCCUUAAGUGCCACAACAGACAAAUUAAGACUAUGGUUUAUUUGCAUUGAAGUUAGCUUGGUGUUCAAAAUUUGAAUCCUUCAAUACUACAAGGAUUUGGCGAAGAUGACGUUGUCCAAUUGCGAACUGCAUACGCAUAUGCAAUAUGUACAAAGGACUUAUAAAGAGUUGCUUAACAUAAGAUUACCAAGUAUUUGUUUUCAAUAGUAAAGGUCGACUUAACUUAAGUAAUAUACUCUAUUUUGACACAUUUCGCAUAUCUUCGAUUUUUACUAAAUCUUUAGAAUAUUG